AUAGAAUAAUAUAUUCAAACACUAACUCACGGUCUCAGAACUAAAAGCAACGAAAGAGAGAAUGGAGUCUUGUCAGCUUAAAACUUACAAUCUCACAGAAACUGACUUGGUGAAAGAUCACCUUCGUUACCUGAUGGGAGGCCGUUCAAACGUUCAAAAUGAGGUUCUUUGUCGUUUCAUCUUUCCAGAAAGACCUGGUGCUCUAACGAAGUUCUUGGAUUCCUUCAGUCCACGAUGGAAUAUUAGCUUGUUCCAUUAUCGUGGGCAGGGUGAAACUGGAGCAAAUGUGUUGGUAGGAAUACAGGUACCAAGAGUUGAGAUGGACGAAUUCCAUGAUCGUGCUAACAGACUUGGAUGAGUAUACGCUGGUGAACAAUGAUGACUUUUACCAUCUCUUAAUGCGUUCAUGGUUAGGGUUUUUAUGAUUCGUGCAAGAUAAUACUAUCAAGUUUGUUCAACUGUUGGUUUCAAAUAUAGGAUUCACAGGAAACUAUUCAGUGCUCCUAAUGUAGCUUCUAGGUUUGCGUUCAUUAUACUUGCAAAGUGACACUGAAAAAAAAA